GUCUUCUACAUUCUCUACUGACCCUCUCCCUCUCUCUCUCCCUCUCUCUCUCACACUUCUUUUUCACUUUCCCUUCUUCCCUGGUUGGUCCCAUCAGCCUGCAAAUCUAGCAAACUCUUCUGGGUCAUUAUUAAAUCUUCCUCUACCAGCAACUUUCAUUUCCAUCUCUACCUCUUCUUUCUUUCUUCUUCUUUCUUCCUCUGAAGCUUUCUUUUUAUAUAUACAUAUCAUGGCUGUGUUUCUUCAAGACGUAGAAUCUUGGCUUCCUACUGAGUUUCUUUCUGAGAAAGAGCUGCUCAUGGAUAAAGAGAACUUUAACAAUAAUGGGUUGAGCUCUGAGUUCAAGCCUGGCUUCAGUUUUCCUACUGAGUUUCCUUAUGAAUUUGAGUCCUUUGGCUCCUCUGCUUCUCUUAGCUCGCCAGAUGAGUCCGUUGUUGGCUCUAUUGAAACAGAGAGCAUUGACGAGGACGAUUUUCUAGCUGGGUUGACUCGCCGACUCACUCAACAACUCACUGUCAAACCCGAGACGUGGGUCAUAACCGGGUCGCCCGAGUCGACACUUAGUGGAAUCGGAAGCUGGUCGUUCUCGAGCAACGGGAGCCCUAAUGGUGUUCUGUCGCCGCCAACGACGCCUUUCAGGACCAAAAAUGAUACGUGGGAUCUCAUAUACGCGGCCGCCGGGCAAGUCGCUAGGUUGAAGAUGAGCAAUGAAGGCAACAAGUACCAUAACCAUCAAGAGAGGGGGUUACUGGGUCCUGUAAGGAGCCAAAAUCCAGGCACUACCCUUAAAAAUCAGAAUCCUGGGCUCUAUUCGAGCCAGAGCUUUAGCCACUCUGUUUCACAAAUGAAUCAGUACCAUUCUCCAGUGAGACAAGAGCAGCAGCUAAAGCCGCGGUGCCCCUCAGUCUGGGGAAGACAGCAAGUGAAGGUGGAGUGGCAAGCUCAGCCACAAACCCAGCUCCAGCAGCACCAUCCUCAACCUCAGAUCCAGACGCAGUCCCAGUCCCACUACCAGCACCAGCAACAACAGAUCCAGAGCAGAGGCAGAAGUCUAGUUGGCUAUGAAAAUGGGAGGUGCAUGCGUCCUCUGGGUCUACCACAGUCUGCCUGGCCACCUCUUCAAGUUCAAUCAAAUCAAAACGAUCAACCACAGCAGCACUCCAGCACAGGCAUGAGAGCUGUUUUUCUUGGUGGAUCUGGUGUUAAAAGAGAAUGUGCUGGUACUGGUGUUUUCUUACCUCGAAGAUAUGGCAACCCUCCUGACUCCAAGAAGAAGUCAGCUUGCUCAACUGUACUACUCCCAGCAAAGGUGGUUCAUGCUCUAAAUUUGAGUUUUGAGGACAUGAACAUGAACGGCCAAGUCCAGCCACGCAUUAAAUGUUCUUUUGCCUCUGAUUAUGAUGUUUUAAUGGCAAGAAGGAAUGCUCUUUUGGCACAGCAGAAGAGAAAUUUGAGAGCUGAGGGUGUCCUCAACCAUGAAGUAGGCUUGCCUCAAGAGUGGACAUACUGAUCCAAGAAUUAAUCCUUCUCAUGAUAUAUAGUGUUGUUUUUGUUGGACAAAAAGAAAGCAGGUAUAGAGGUAGAAGUAUCAAUUAGGGUUUUUAUGGGAUAUUUGGUUUUUACAUAGGAAAAGGAAUUGAAGAAGGGAAAUAAGAAAUUAAGACAGCUAGGGUUUUUUUUUUUUUGAGGAAAGUUUGCAGUCAGCUUUUUAGAUGAAAAGCAGCGAAAGGAAUGAAGCAAUAGACUAGUAGAAAAGGUAUUUUAUUUUUAUUUUUAUUAUAAUAAAUGGGUUAUGUCUUGAAAUUGAGGUUCUUUUGUAAGGGACAGGGAUGGAUUAGGUCUUGUGUUUUGAUUUUCUAGGCAUAAUCUGUGCUUGUGUUAUUUAUUUAGGGGAAGAUUUUGCUGGGAAAUAGAAGGUUGGGCAUGAGCUUUUUGAGGGAUUCAUCCGCAAACCUUCAAGUCUUGUAAUGUCCCUUUGCAGCUAAAAGAUUCUAUAAUAAGAACAGCUCUUGUUAA